UCACUUGUUUGUUUACAAGAACGGGCGAGGCGAAUCCGGGUCGGUCCUUCCGUGCUCUUCCACGGUGAACAAGACCAGCUCCCUCACCGGUCGAGAAUUUAGCGACGAUCAUCUAGCCGCCAUGAAGGUCUUCAAGGACAUGCUCACAGGUGAUGAGAUGUUCACCGACACCUAUAAGUAUGAGGAGGUGGAUGAUGCCUUCUACAUGGUAAUUGGAAAAAAUAUUACUGUUACUGAAGAUAACAUUGAGCUGGAGGGAGCCAAUCCAUCAGCUGAAGAAGCAGAUGAAGGCACUGACACUACUAGUCAAUCUGGCGUCGAUGUAGUUAUAUAUAUGCGUCUGCAAGAAACCGGCUUCCAAGUCAAGAAGGAUUAUCUUGCUUACAUGAAAGAAUAUCUAAAGAAUGUAAAGGCAAAGUUGGAAGGCACACCUGAAGCUUCAAAGUUAACAUCUAUCCAGAAGCCUCUGACAGACCUUUUGAAGAAGUUCAAGGACUUGCAAUUCUUCACUGGUGAAUCAAUGGACCCUGAUGGCAUGGUUGUUCUCAUGGAUUACAAAGACAUUGAUGGAGAAGAGCGGCCAGUCUUGUAUUUCCCAAAAUACGGUCUAACAGAGGAGAAGCUAUAAACAUUAUUUAUUUCUGAGUUAUUAUGCAGCAGCCCUUGUCAUCUGGACUCCCAGGAUCACAAAGCCAAUUGUUAAUGGUCCUUUUUAAUUUAAUUUUAACAUACUCAGAUAAAUUAGUCAUCCCCUCCAA